AUGGUCACGGUGCGGCUCUGCGGUCGCACGCGCGAGUACCGGCGCCUGGCCGCCCGCUGGAGCUCUGGAGAUCGGAUGGAGCCCUGGCUGCUGGAGAUCGGAUGCCACGAAGGCAUCACCAGCUCCCUGCUGGCGCGCCGCAACCAGGGCCGCGUCCUGGCCGUGGACCGCAGCGCCCAGGCGGUGGAGAAAGCCAAGCGGCGCUUCCCGUCCUUGCACCUGGCAGUGUUGGACGUGGCAAGUCCGAGAUGGAAGGAGGACCUGGGCUCCGAGCUGGACGCUUUGGGCAGCUCCUGGCGCCACGUCGCCUGUUGCUUCGUGGAUCUGGGCGGCGAUGCACGGCUGAGCGACGUGCUGCGGGCCCUGGGAAGCCUGGGAGCCGUUGAGGCAGCGGAGGAGGGACAGCCGACACCUGAUUUGGUGGUGAAGAGUGAAGCAUUGCUGCGACUCUAUCGCAACAGCCAGAUUGGAGUGGGGUUCUACCGCUAUGGCGGGGAAUUGGACUGUGAAUUGGGGACAAAUCACCAACUCAACGCCGUGCUGAAAAGUGGGGCAAAUUGCCAGACCUUGCAA